GAAAGGAGUGGAACUGGGUUAGGCAUCAUUGCCCGGCGCUGGAGAAACCUCGCCGGCGGGGCCUGCGAUCUGAAGGUCCCGGCAUGCCGCGGGGCUGCGGGGCCGAUGGGAGCUAGUCCUUCGGCCGGAAGCAGUUCCUGUCCGGCGGUUUCUGCUGCUCUGUCAACUUAAAUCCUUGAAGUAUCCUGGACACCUCCAGUGUUUAUUCUGCACACACUGAUUAAGCCAUCUUCGCCCUGGCCCCAGGAACUCGAGGGCUAGCAGAGAAGUUGAGACAGGCCCGUGAUAAUAUCGUGAAGUAGAACUCGAUUUUUCACAAUUAAAAUUAACAUACCAGAAUAAGCCAAGAUGUCUGUCGAUCCAAUGACCUAUGAAGCCCAGUUCUUUGGUUUUACACCACAAACUUGCAUGCUCAGGAUCUACAUUGCAUUUCAAGACUACCUAUUUGAAGUGAUGCAGGCUGUUGAACAGGUUAUUCUGAAGAAGCUGGAUGGCAUCCCAAACUGUGAGAUUAGCCCAGUCCAGAUUCGUAAAUGCACAGAGAAGUUUCUCUGCUUCAUGAAAGGACGUUUUGAUAACCUUUUUGUCAAAAUGGAGCAGCUUUUUUUACAGUGGAUUUUGCGGAUUCCCCCAAACAUCUUACUUCCAGAAGAUAAAUCUCAGGAGAUGCAUUCUUAUAGUGAAGAGGAAUUCCAUCUUCUCCAAAAAGAAAUUGAACAGUUGCAGGAGAAGUAUAAAAUUGAAUUAUGCACUAAGCAGGCCCUUCUUGCAGAAUUAGAAGAGCAAAAACUUGUUCAGGCCAAACUUAGACAGACAUUGGCUUUGUUUGAUGAGCUUCAAAAUGUUGGCAGAAAUCAUGGGACUAGUGAUUUUAGAGACAGCUUUGUGUUCCUGGUCCAGAACUCCAGAAAACUCCAGAAUAUUAGAGACAAUGUGGAAAAGGAAAGCAAAAGACUGAAAAUAUCUUAAUUUCUAAAUAGUAAAAAGAGCCAGUCAAAUGUAGAAUGAGUAAGGGAUUUAUAUCAAUAACUAUUCUUAUUUUAGUGAACUGUGUAUUUUGUUGGAUUCUCUUUGUUUACUCUUGCUUGUAUUCCACAUUUUCCUCUUUUUUGGUCCCCUUUCCUGACGGAUCUAUGAAUAAAUCUUUGAAGCAUUUAUUUCUACAGUCCUCUAAUAGGUAGGAAGGGAUCUUGAUCCAUUAAAAAUUCAUUUGGGGGCAUGAUGAAGAAAUAAAGCUUUUCAUGGCCAAAGAUAUUUGUAAAAGUUGUACCUUGGUCAUGAGUCCUUUUUAACCUUGUUCCUUUUUACUUAUUCUUUAGAUGAUGCCAAAUGACAAAAAGGUUGAGUGAGUGGCUCCUUUAUUAAUCAGCUACUACACUGUGGGACAGCUAACAUAGAAUGUUUACUUUUGCCCUUUAAUUUUUCUUACCUGAGAAGGUUAAUAACUAGUUGAAAGAAGCAAGUAGCAGAGAAAACAACCACAAUCUUUAGUAAAGAAGAAAGAAGUUGUUUUAAAAAAAUAUAUCCUUUCUAUGACCAAGGCCUUGAUGAUGUUAAACAAUUUACUAUAUUGGAGUCCAGCAGUGGAAGACCUUGGACAAAAAAGAAGCAGAUCUCACUGGAAUAGAAAAGGAAGCCUGGAACAUACCCAAUAACAAAGUUUAUAUUAACUGACUGUUAGGUAUUUGUGCCAUUUUUUUUUCAUACUCCAGACAGUUGCAAUUUUCCUUGUAC